GCUUGCUUUUCGUUUCUCUUCGUCAAUGGAAAUGCCAUGACCCUGAUCAGCCGAACCGUCUCGUUCAUCUACCACUCUGCUUAAAAGGAGUCUCUGUCCCUGUCCCUGUCCCUGUCUCUGUCUCUCUCUCUCCUUCUCUCCCUCGCUGCUUAUUCAAUCACUUUUCCACCAGAGAAAGGAAAAGAACAAAAGAAGAUGAAAGACGCCUCUGCUUUCAUCAGUUUCUUGGUUUUCUUCCUCCUCUUGUGCUCUCCUUGGAUUGCUGCUUCCCUCGAUGACCCCCAAUAUGAUCACACUGCUUACACCAAGUGCAAGGAGGAGCCAGAGAAGCCGCUCUACAAUGGAGGCAUACUCGCCUCAUCAGCUUCCACAAUUUGCUUCUUCUUCUCCAGCCUCCUGCUGCACAAUCUCACCGCCUCAACUAAAUACUCCUUCUCCAGUUGGGUGAAAAUAGAGAGUUCGGAUUCAGAUUCUGCUCUUGUCACAGCCAGUUUGAGGACAAACCAUGAAACAUACGAUUGCAUAGGGACUGUCGCCGCGAAAAGUGGUUGCUGGUCAUUUCUCAAGGGCGGAUUCACUUUGGAUUUGCCAUCAAACUCCGCUACACUGUCCUUUCAGAGCUCAGAUGGCAGAUAUAUCGCCAUAGCAAUCACUAGCACUUCGCUCCAACCAUUCACUGAUCAGCAAUGGAGGAGAAAUCAGCAAGACAUGAUAAACAAAGUAAGGAAGCGUGCCGUGAUGAUCCAUGUAUCAAAUCAUAACGGAGACAGGUUACAAGGAGUGGAAAUUAAUGUUAAGCAAGUCUACAAAGAUUUCCCAUUUGGAUCUGCCAUAGCGAAGACCAUUCUUGGGAAUGAGGCUUAUCAGAGCUGGUUUGUCGAGCGAUUUAAUGCAGCAGUAUUUGAGAAUGAACUCAAGUGGUACGCAACUGAGCCCUACCCCGGACAGAUUAACUACACUAUCGCAGAUGAGAUGCUGGAGUUCAUCCGAGCAAACCGGAUUGUCACCAGAGGCCACAACAUCUUCUGGGAGGACCCAAAAUACAAUCCUGAGUGGGUCCAAAAUCUCUCGGGGCCCCAACUUGAGUCCGCAGUGGACACCAGGAUCCAAAGCCUGAUGAGCCGAUACAGGGAAGAAUUCGUACACUGGGACGUGAGUAAUGAGAUGCUCCACUUCGAUUUCUACGAGCAGCGGCUCGGGCCCAACGCAACACUGCAUUUCUUCCAAACGGCACAUGAGUCGGAUCCGCUGGCCACCCUCUUCAUGAACGAGUUCAAUGUGCUGGAGACCUGUAGCGAUGCCAAUUCCACCGUGGACAGCUACAUCUCGAGGAUGAGAGACCUCAAGCGCGGCGGCAUUUCAAUGGACGGAAUUGGCUUGGAGGGUCACUUCACGGUGCCAAACCUGCCCCUAAUGAGAGCUAUCCUAGACAAACUGGGCACACUCAGGCUUCCAAUGUGGCUAACCGAGGUCGACAUUAGCAGCACCCUCAGUAAGGAGGCACAGGCCCUUCAUUUGGAAGAAGUUUUAAGAGAAGGCUUUUCUCAUCCUUCCUUAAACGGUAUCAUGCUCUGGACCGCCCUCCAUCCCAACGGGUGCUACCAAAUGUGCUUGACAGACGCUGACUUCCGAAACCUUCCGGCUGGCGACGUGGUGGACAGUCUUCUGGGGGAAUGGAGGACCAAGGAGGUCAAUGGGAAGACCAACGAGCACGGGUCGUACAGUUUUGAGGGUUUCCUUGGCGAGUACGAAGUAAGCGUCAUGCAUGGAGAUCAAACUGCAAAUUCAACAUUUGCACUAUCUCAAGGUGUUGAAACCAGGCAUGUGACCAUUCUUUUGUGACUUCUAGAGAAUCUGAAGGAUGGAUACUCCAGAGGUUACAAGGCACUGACUAGAAUCAAAAACCUUUUCUUUUCUCUUUCUUUUUUUUUCUUAUUUUUCCACAAUUUGCAUGCUGAAAUCUCUAAUGAUUGUAUAAGCAUAGGAUUCCCAGUGACAAGAGAACUAGUCAUGCCUCUGCUUCUGAAUUAGAUCCUUUCUCGCCAUAUGCAGAGCAAUGGUGAUUCUCCAAAAUUUACAUAUAUCCCAAACUUACUCCAUUUGGCUUUAUCA